UCACCUUUGGUCUCUGUUUCGCUCUUUCACACUUCUUCUCCUUCUUCUUCACCACCCUUUCUCUACCUCUUUCUCUUUCUGAACAAAGUCAGUCAGUACCCAGAGCGAAACUUCUCUUCGUCUCCUUUCCUCGAUCUCAACAUCGCUCUGAUCCUUAUCCAAGCGUCUUCCGCUCUCCGCCUUGUUCUUCGUUGCUCAGACGAGUUGUAUCUCGUUCUUUCCCACGUCGAGCGACCUCGAUCCCUUCCAAAGACACCCCUUGUGCGCCUUUGCACAUCUGUAGUCUUUCCCACAAGCCAAUCUUCUCGCUUUCUCUCUGCUUUAGCCAGCUUCAGUCGCUUAUACUCUGCUUUUACUGUCUUCACUUCCCCUACACGUCGUUAUCCUUGCCUUUGACGCGACUUCAUCCUGCACUUUUCCUCUCCCCUACCGCAACCACAACCCGUCACUGUGAUCCGCUUUGCACGAUGAACCCAUCUUACGCUCCUCCCUUGGACACGAUGCGAUCCACCUCCUCUGGUGACAUCACUCCUCCUCCCAUUCUCGCAACGCCAAACCUCUCGCUCAUGUCUGGUCACACGCCUCAAUCGUACAUGCACCACCUGCCUCAUCACAGGCCUGUCCUCUCACCCAAUUAUCACAUUGGUAACAUUCAAAAGCCAUCUCCAGGACAGUAUUCACACAUUCAUUAUCCUCACAAUAGUCCAGGAGGUCAUUACCUGCCAAGUGGUGGACUCAACUUGACGGGGGUUCCCAGUGUCGAAGGUCUCAACGACCUCGAAGCUAUGAAGCGCGCGCUAGACAUCUCUUCACUUCCAUCCAAUCCGAUUAGUGGUCUAGCCCCGCAUAUAGAACCCUCGACGUCGUCUGCAUCUGCAUUCGAAAACAUACCUCCCAAAAAGGCACGAACAUCUCCAUCUUAUCCCACGACAAGUCUAUCCGGAACGCCAAUAACUGCCACGCACCCAAACGCCUCAAGGUACACUCCAGGCCAAUAUCAACCUUUGCCUUACAUGCCAAACGGGAUCAGCACGAUGAAUGCUAAUCCUGCGUCGCCUUUGACUCUCGGAGGCCCACUAUCGACCCCUUCUCAGCCAACCAAUGGUGGGCCUCAGAGCCCUUAUAUGGGCAUUGUCAAUGGUAUGGGUAUGAAUUUCGGGUACCCCUAUAUUGGCUUCAAUCCCACAUCACCUAUUGUAUCGCCCUCGAUGAACCCCGCUGCCAUGACUGGUAACUAUGGGCCCGCCGCCGCUGCUGCCGCUGCCGCCGCCGCUGGUAACACGACUGGCCGUACAGUCUACGUUGGCAAUUUGCCAUCGGAGGCGUCUGUCGACGAGCUUCUCAAUCUCGUCAGAUUCGGACCGAUCGAACAGGUCCGAUUGCUACCCGAAAAAUCCUGCGUGUUCAUCUCCUUCCUAGACGGGUCCACUGCCGCCGCAUUCCACGCCGAUGCAUCCGUCAAGAAGCUCGCUCUCCAUGGUCAAGAACUCAAAAUUGGCUGGGGUAAAGCGUCUAAUGUCCCUCCUUCCAUCGCUAUCGCAGUGGCCUCCAAUCAGGCCACUCGAAACGUCUUUGUCGGGAAUCUUCCUGAAGAUAUGAACGAACAAGAUUUACGAAAUGUCUGCAGCAAGUUUGGACCCAUUGAUCAGGUCAAGAUUGUCAGGGACAAAAAUAUUGGAUUUGUGCAUUUCUUGAGCAUCUCGACGGCUAUCAAGGUCGUCCAGCAGCUGCCGCACGAGCCGGGUUGGGCGGAAAGACGCGUCAACUAUGGCAAGGAUCGAUGUGCCUAUGUGCCCAAGGCUCAACAAGCCGCCGUUCAAGCAGCUCAGGCUCAAGCUGCCGCCGCCAUGUCGUCUCAGCACGCCCAGAUCUCGCCUGGGUCGCCCUUCUCCCCCUUCACUCCCAUGACACCAGGCUUCAACAUGUCAAACUUCGGUUCUCCCUCUGGCUUUGCUUCGCCACUAUUCGGCGGCGGCCCAUCAUACCAUUCCCCGACGUCGUUUAAUGAUCCAUCAUUCGCUGCCCAAGGUGGCAAUCGAAAUAUCUACCUUGGAAAUAUACACCCGGACACCACAACCGAAGAACUAUGCAACAACAUUCGAGGCGGAGUUAUUCAACAGAUUCGGCAUUUGAAAGACAAGAAUAUUGCAUUUGUGACCUUUGUCGAACCACAAGCGGCCAACACGUUUUACAAUUGGGCUAUGAAUGGCUUGACGAUUGGUAGCAGGAGAAUAAAAGUUGGAUGGGGCAAGCAUUCUGGAUCGAUGCCAAAUAAUCUCUUGGCUGCCAUCCAAAGUGGAGCAAGUCGAAAUGUCUAUCUCGGUCAGAUUACGGACUUUGAUAUCUUCACGAUCGACAAGCUUAGAACCGAUUUCUCAGAAUACGGAGACAUUGAGAUGAUCAACUUUUUGACCGAGAAGGGAGCAGCAUUUGUCAAUUUUACCUCCAUCUCGUCAGCUCAAAAGGCCAUCGAGGGAAUCAAGUCGAAAUCCGAGUACGAAGCUCUCCGUAUAUCUUACGGCAAAGACAGGUGUGCCAAUCCCCCAAGGGGAAUGAUGUGAGUUUCGGGUCAGCAUGUGCCUUCACACCACUCUGAUCACCUGUCGCCCAUCACAGGCAAACACCCAACGGUCAAUCCUCCAGCCGCCCUGUCAACCCUCGAGCUAGCUCUUCCAACGAUGCCAAUGAUCCCAUUUCUGCAAAGAUCGCA